AUGUCAGAAAAGAAGUCACUCUCGCCGUCUCUGGAAGGUGCAGAGACGCUGCGUGAGCGAGAGGCGUAUGACAACAAAGACGUUUUUGGCCAUGAGGAGGAGCACGAUAUCAGAUACAAGACGCUUUCUUGGGAGCUCGUUGCUGUCCUUAUGAUAGCCGAGAUCGUGAGCAAUGGGAUGCUCUCUUUGCCUUCGUCACUAGCUGUUGUGGGUCUGGUGCCGGGCAUAGUCGUUAUCGUCUUUCUCGGCGUGUUUGGACUGUUCACGGCCUGGAUCUUAAUUCAAUUCAAGCUCAGACAUCCAGAGGUCCAUAAUAUGGGUGACGCAGGCCUGAUCCUCUUCGGCCCAGUUGGGCGUGAAGUUCUCUCUUUCGGCACCAUUGUCUUUGCUGUCUUCGCUACUGGUGGCCAAUUGCUUGCUGGCCAGAUUGCUCUUGGCUCUCUCUCCAACGGCAAACUCUGCCUCAUGCUCUACACCGGUAUCUUCGCCAUCCCCACCCUCGUAUGCUCACUCCCGCGCACCCUCGACAGCCUCUCCUGGCUCAGCGUGCCCAGUGUGAUCAGCAUCAUCGUAGCUGGCAUCGUUGGCAUGAUUGGCGCAGGCAUCAAUUUCCCUGUCGCUAAUUUCAGUGUAGCCAUGAAGACGGAUUUCGUGACUGCGUUCAUCAGUGUCACGAACCCCGUGUUUGCGUAUGCGGGACAUUUCAUGUUUUUCAUCCUGAUUUCAGAGAUGAAGCAUCCUGAACAUGCUAUGCGCGCGGCUUGGGUGCUGCAGACAUUCGCUACCGUGUUCUACGUUGUUUUUGCUGUGGUGUUGUAUAUCUAUGUUGGCCCGACUGUUGCGUCGCCAGCUUUCACGAGCUUGCCUGAUAAAUGGCAGAAGGCGGCUUAUGGAAUUGCUAUUCCCAAUUUUCUGAUCGCGGGGAGUUUAUAUUCGCAUACGGCUGCUAAGCUACUUUUUGUGAGGUUCUUUCGGAAAAGUAGGCAUCUGUAUACCAAUACUGUGCUGGGUUGGGCCGUUUGGAUAACCCUAGUUUUUCUGAUGAAUGCUGCGGCGUUCGUACUGGCCGUGGGUGUACCCAUAUUCAAUUAUUUGAUCGGCAUUGCCGCUAGUCUUUUUGCGAGUUGGUAUACCUACGGCAUAGCUGGAGCGUUCUGGCUGUAUGAUGCCUGGGUGUAUAAAGGAGGGAUGUUGGCGCUGAAGACGCGGUGGCCGAUGACGGGAUUAAGCGUAGCAACGUUGGCGGCGGGAGCAUUUAUUUGUGUGGCGGGGAUGUAUGUAAGUAUCAAGCAGAUCGUGGAUGCUUACGCGAGUAGGCAGGUUACUGCGCCAUUUAGCUGUUGA